AUGUACAACCCAUCAGGAGCAGAAGGCGGCCAAGGGCGCCUUUGCACCUUUGCACUUUCCUCUAUACCGCCCACCGCCUCCGCAACCUCCUCUAAGCCGCCCGCCACCACGUCUAAAUCACACUCACCCACACCCGCAUCCAAAAUCCUCCCAGCCGCCCUCUCUCGCCGCUAUAAACCACAAACAAUCCAGCCUCGCCUCUGCUACUCCUCUGCAUCACCUUGUGCAAUACAACUUACUCCAUUAGUGCAGACCAUUACACCGAGCGCUCCUCUGCUCAUCACCUCUGCAGCUUUACUUAUCUUUUCCUCAGUCAGUCAUCGCCUGGAAAUGAACCUCCCUGCUCAUCCCGCGGACAUGACCAUCCCUGCUCAUCCCGCGGACAUGAACCUCCCUGCUCAUCCCGCGGACAUGACCCUCCCUGCUCAUCACACGGACAUGACCCUCCCUGCUCAUCCCGCGGACAUGACCCUCCCUGCUCAUCCCGCGGACAUGACCCUCCCUGCUCAUCCCGCGGACAUGACCCUUUCACACCUGGACCUCAGCCUCCCUCUCGGCCUGUCUUCCCUCGCUGCUUACGAGCCGACGGCGGUUCAUUCCCACUCGGCAAAUCGGCCGAAAUAA